AGACUAGAUCUCUCUUUCUUACAUCCAUAUCACUGAUGAUGCCUCGCCGUGACGUUCUCUUCCUCUCCCUCCUCCUCGUCAUCGCUACCAUCUCCGCCGUCGCAUUCGCCGACGAUGAAGCAGAUUGUGUCUACACAUUCUACCUUAGAACCGGAUCAAUCUUCAAAGCCGGUACAGAUUCGAUCAUAAGCGCUAGAGUUUACGACAAAUACGGAGACUACAUCGGGAUCCGAAACCUAGAAGCAUGGGGUGGUUUAAUGGGACCAGGUUACAACUACUACGAGAGGGGUAAUCUCGACAUUUUCAGUGGGAAAGCACCGUGCCUUCCGAGCCCAGUCUGUUCAUUGAAUCUGACCUCUGACGGCUCCGGUGACCACCACGGUUGGUAUGUUAACUACGUGGAAGUCACGACAGCCGGAGUUCAUGCAAAGUGCUCGUACCAAAGCUUCAAUGUUGAGCAAUGGCUUGCGUCCGAUACAUCCCCGUAUGAGCUCAGUGCUGUUCGGAAUAACUGUCCGGUUUCGCUUAGGGAAAGUGUCGGUCGGGUCGGGUCUGAGAUCCGGAAGACUCUCUCUUGGAUCGUGUGAGAUUAGUGAAUGAAAUGUGUGUGUGUAACUUGGAGACUUGUUCUUUGUUGUUUUGUGAACGUGUGAUGGCAAUAAUGAAAAUGAUUCGAUCGAAUAAAGAUUCUGUUCUUUGUUGUCUGUGAGAUUUGAUCAAACAUUAUUAAGUUUCUCUUGUGAUGAAUUAAAAGAUAAUUAGUUAA